UCGGCUCAGGCCUGAAAGCCGCAGAUGAGGUUGGGAUGGCACGGAGUAACAAUUUACUCCGCGAGACUGCCGCACCCAGCCUCCAUAAGCUUCGUCUGUUGUGUGAUAAAUUCGUUCAAGAUGCAGCCGACAAAGGCAUCGCAGUGGAUAUUUACAUCACCAAUCGUUAUGAGAAAAUCAGUUGCAGUCAGAAAGACGAGAAGAAAACAGUAUUUCCAAGUGCCACUGUUGAUAGUGCCAAAUGUUUGUGCCGCACAAAAUGGGUAUUAGUCGCUGCAGUAGUGUUGAUAAGUGCAGUGUGCCUUCAUUCACAGACGCAAGCCGUUGCCCGGCUAUUAUUUGACGAAUUCCUAACUUCCAAAUGCAUUGUCCGCAACAAUUACUUUGUAAUGGAAGCGACACGUCCUCCGACGGACUGCCAUAAAGUAUGCCAGGGAGUGAGCGGACCCACAGAACUAAGUGCCAAUGUGACACGAGAGGAGUUCACGAGAUGGGCAUACCUUUCCCGCCCGCUUGUCGUUCGACAGGGUGCUGCUCACUGGCCCGCCCUUGAGAAGUUUUCGUUAGCGUUCUUCCGUAGUGUUUACGAUAGUAUAGACGGCUCUUAUGAGGCCGUUUCCGAGGAGUGUCAGUUCCUGCCCUUCAGAUCCGAAUUCGUAGAUUUAAGGGAAGCACUUGGGAUGCAUCCGGCUCGUGCUGCCCGUAUGCCCGGUACUGAUCCUUGGUAUUUUGGAUGGAGCAACUGUUCCCCCGAAGUCAGCACGAUCCUUCGAGAACUGGCGCCGAGACCUUCGUUCCUGCCCGAACAAUCGGAAUCAUCUGCCCUUGACUGGAUCUUCAUGGGAGGCGAGGGGCCUGGGGCAGCGUGGCAUUUAGAUUACGUACAACGACCAUCAUGGCAAGCACAAGUCAGUGGCACUAAGACAUGGCAUUUUCGGCCUGUUCCAGAGUGUCAAGAUACCUGCCAGUCUUUCAGUGCCACAAUUUACAAAGGGGAUAUAGUCUUCGUCGACACGAACCAGUGGUACCACACGACCUUUAUUCACAGAGGUCCACUUUCCAUAACUAUUGGUUCAGAGUACGACUAAGGACGGAGUGGGAACAUGAAGCAUAUCUUUGGAAGUGGUGUAUGUACCUGACUUACGCUUAUUACUGUUCCUGCAUUUGAGCGAGGAGCUGCUGAAUCAACUGGUCAAGGAAGUAUGGUAUCUGUAAUCCAUUAUAUCACUAUAACUGAAAGACCUGGGUUCGAUCCUGAAGAUAGUCAAAUUUUGUUUCACACGUGAUUCUGUAUUGAUCAUUUAUAUUAUAAAAAAAAUCCCUAUUGACUAAUUAUAAAGAAAUCCUUAUUAACUAGCCGAUUUACAAAGAGGAGGUUUCCUUAAAAACCGACUCUCUUGAAGAUGUGAUUAGGUGUGUGCUCAAUGAUUUAAAAAAAAAUAUGCUGUGAAUUCGGAGUGCUAUGUAAGUUUCUUUAUAACCUGUAAUAAUGACAGUGAUCUGCAGAUUGUUAGACUUCAGGCAACAUGACUUAGUGUCGUACGCUUAGGUAAAUUAAUUCGUAAUUCAGGAUUUGCAAUUUCCAUAACCUAUUGUUGCAAGGUAGUGUACUUAUUUCCAAAAUUACAAUAGCAAAUGUAAAAUCAUCAAGUAAAAAUACAGUAUCCUAUUUGUCUUUUCAAAAGAUUCAAUAAACAUACUACUUAAUGAUUAUCAAAAGUUUGUUUGAUAUUAAUCUGAUGAUCCCAUAAGAAAUAGACCACAAAAUGAUCCUAAACAAGUCUCCAACCUCGCCAUAUAAAAUGGUUAAAAUAAAUUUAGGAAAAGUUGAAUUAGCUAUUAUAACAGUAAUUUUAGGGGCAGAAUUAUACCGUACCAGAUGGAAUAAGGUCUAUCAGGUGAAAUUUGGAUACAUUUGUUUCACUCAAUUUUUCAUAACUUGUUCUGUUUUCUUUGCUGUCUAAAAGUAUCCGUAGUACUAAGUAUUUCUAGUUAUUAAAUAAACUUUGUUACGUAGUUAUACUGUAUAAAAUUGUGAUAUUUCUAAAGAUAAGGGUAUUAUUUAGUACAAAAAUCAACAAAGUGACUUGCUAGAAUUAUAAUAACGAAUUUAUGUGGCUUCCAAAUAAACACACUCAAGAGGUGUAAGGUAAAGUGCCAAUCAUAAUCAUAACCAUGCUUCCAAAGAAGUAUAAGCAUAUUAUCAGAGGAAAUUUAGCUUACAUGAUGCUAAAAAUAUGCUGAACGACGAUUAGAUAUUUAAGGAAAGAAUAAAUUAAAAUAAAAAAUUUUCUAAUAUAUUUUUUCAUGUUAAAGGUUUUCAUUUUACUCCUACAGUCAAUGAAAGCAGUAAUUAUCAUGAGCUCUCUAUUUCUAACCACUGACUAUUUCAUUAUGUAUAGUGCUUCUAAUUCCAUUUACGCACUCAUGUUUUGUUGAUAUCGUAUCUAUGAUUACCAUACUUGAGAUCCUUCUUGAUCUCUUCCGUACGUGGUGCUGUUACUGUUCGGAGGAUGUUACUGUAAUUGGUUGAAAACGAGCUUGUAACGAACAGGUAUAUCGUAUUACGUUUUAUACCAUGAAAUAAAAAGUUAAUUUCGGA